UUGGUCCCUCCCCUGCCCGACUCCAGUCCGGGAGCUGCUGUUGCUGCUGCUAUGGGGAAUCCUGUGCACUUUCCUUUGGCUGAGGGCUGGCACACAGCUAGAACCUGCCUGACUGCUCUCUCUUUGCCCCGGGCUUGUUGUGGUAUUUGCACGGUUCCUAGAGACGUGGCUACAUACAGACAACUGCAUCAUGACUACGUGUUAUAACUGAGGGCACUGUACCCCAGGUCUGGCACUGGAUAUAUCACUGCUUUGGCACAGAUUUUGGGACACACAGUGUUUGACAGUCUUUGACUUAUCACUGGUCUCCUUCACUGCCCCUUGGCAGGGGGCGCUAGCGUUCACUCAUUUAAUAAGCAGGGAACUCCUCAGCACUAGGAAAGGAGAACGACUUGCAGCGGGACUGGGCACACAAACUGGCACUACUGGCAAUCAAACAUUCUACCUGUGGCACCAUUCUUUUUCUCUGCCUGCAUGCCAAGGACUAUUCCCACCAAACAUUCUGCACAGCUUUUGAGGGCACCACAAUAAUUUCUUCCUGUACUUCUGCACUGGUCAAUACAUUUCAUUUUACAAUGGCCAUCACAGCAAGCAGCAGCUUUAAAUCAUCUUGUGGCCCACUGUUCAUAUAUAUGAAGGUGCCAAUAUAGCGUGACCUGGAAUCGAUACCAUCAUAUUGCCUUCUCCAUUCCCUGCCGGAUAGGAUUAUUUUCAAUGCAGGGUUCUUUCUGCUGAACUCUCCCUGUGGGAUUUGUGAAUGAGAAUAAUAGGGCAGCAGCUGCGGAAUCCCUGUGGUAUGAGGCACAGGAACAAGAUGCACUUCUUCAGGACCUACUCCUAUGAGAUUCAGGUGGAGCAGAGAUUGGAUAUUCACAGCCGCAUCCAAGGCAUCAGAUGGACACCGUUACCUGAUAUUAAGUCUCAAGAAGAAUACAAGCAGACUGUGAAACAGGUGGUAACACAUAAAGUCUGGAGGGCAGCAAAAGUUUUGCACACUUACCUGCUUACCGUGUCUCCAGCCAUGAUGCGUGACAGGAAACACCAUUUCCGCAGCCACCGACAAUGCUGCUCAGGGAAGGAGCUUGUUGACUGGUUACUGGGCAUCAGUCAUGGCCUGCAGUCCCGAAGCCAAGCCGUGGGGAUAUGGCAGGUGCUGGUGGAUGAAGGAGCCCUUGUGCAUGUGAGACAAGAGCCCAAUUUCCAUGAUAAAGACUCCCAAUUUUAUCGAUUCGUGAAAGCAGAACUACACGUUGACCCCUUGCUGACUGACAAAGAUACAGAAGAAGAAGUGCAAGAGUCCUUGGUAUUACUGUCUCAGUUGGGACCAGCAGCGUUGCUAACCAUGAUUUUACGCAAACCCCCUUGCCAGCGUACUGAAGAAGAGCUGGAAGUGAUAUUUGAGGAGUUACUUCACAUCAAGGCGGUGUCCCAUCUUUCCAACUCGGUGAAAAAGGAAUUGGCUUCUGUUUUGAUAUUUGAGUCUCAUGCGAAAGCUGGUACAGUGUUGUUCAAUCAAGGAGAUAAGGGCACCUCCUGGUAUAUUAUAUGGAAAGGUUCUGUAAACGUAAUUACACAUGGGAAGGGCCUGGUUGCUACACUUCACGAGGGAGAUGAUUUUGGGCAGUUGGCUCUUGUAAAUGAUGCCCCAAGAGCUGCUACCAUAGUCUUGCGGGAAGACAACUGCCAUUUUCUGCGUGUGGACAAGCAUGACUUCAAUCGCAUUCUUCGGGAUGUAGAAGCUAACACAGUUCGUCUGAAAGAACAUGGGAAGGUGGUAUUAGUUUUGGAGAAAAAUCCACAAAUAUCAGCUGGAAACAACCACCAACCAGCAGGGGCCUCCAACCAAAAGUACACUGUCAUGUCUGGGACAGCUGAUAAAAUCCUGGAACACUUACUAGAGACUAUAAAGCUGGAUUCAUGCACAGAAGACUCCUUUGCAGGUGAUUUCCUCUUGACUCACAGUAUCUUCAUGCCAACAACCCAACUGUGCCAAGCUUUGCUGCACCAGUUCAACGUGGAGCCGUCAGAAGUGAAUGAGCCAGAAAAGGCAACCUAUUCCCUUCAUAAGCGGCAGAACAUCCUGCACCUGGUGAGCCUGUGGGUAGCUCUGUAUGGGAAGUUACUGGAGGCUGAGCCAAGUGCCAAGAGCUUCCUAGAGAAACUUUCAGAACAUGUCAGCAGAGAUCCACGGCUCCUUGCCUUUUGGAGAGAGAAUCUUCAGGAUAGGCGGAAAACCAGAACAUUGGAGGUGAGCAGUGGGAAUCACUCUCCCCAAAUAAAGAUCAACAGCUUUGGGAACCUUUUUUCCAGUCUGGAGGAGGACGCAUCUAGUAACACAUAUACUAUUCGAGCAGGAGACAAAGUGCCUUAUGAUAUUUAUCGACCAGACCACUCCUGCAUCACCACAAUGCUGCCUGUGAAUGCCUCGGUGCAAGAGGUGAUAUCAUCAUUAGCAACAAAAAAUGGAUAUAACAGAGAUCAAAUCGUGGUAAAAGUCAACUCAAGUGGAGAAAGGGUCUGUCUAAAGCAUGAGGACACUGGCGUAUUCACGUCUUUAGGGCUCAACGAAAGAAUUUUCAUCUGCUACAAUCAUGAACUGAACAAUGUGACCCCCCUCCCUGAACAACUGGGACCAAACACCAGCAGCUCUGAUAUUCUGGAACUGAUCAGUUCAAAGGACCUGGCUCACCAGAUGACGGAUAAUGACUGGAACCUGUUUAAGAGCAUCCACCAAGUGGAGUUGAUUUAUCACACGUUUGGGAAGCAGAGGUUUCGUAACGCAACUACUGCUAACCUUGAGCGGUUCAUGAGGCGAUUCAAUGAAGUUCAGUUCUGGGUGGCUACUGAGGUAUGCCUAUGCCAAGAGGAGGAGCGGAGAGCACUGCUUCUAAAAAAGUUCAUCAAACUCGCCGCUUACCUCAAGGAGCAGAAAAAUCUGAACUCAUUCUUUGCAGUAAUGUUCGGUCUCAGUAACACAGCCGUCAGCCGCUUGUCCAGAACCUGGCAGAAACUGCCAAACAAAUUCAGGAAGCUAUAUUCAAUAUUUGAGAGGCUCAUGGACCCCUCGUGGAACCAUCGAUCUUACAGACUUGCUGUAGCAAAACUAAGUGCCCCUCUUAUCCCAUUUCUUCCACUUAUCCUUAAAGACCUCACGUUCCUACAUGAGGGAAACAGAAGCACAUUGGACAGCCUGGUAAACUUUGAGAAAAUGCGCAUGAUUGCAAAGACAGUUCAGAUGUUCCACAGCUGCCGCAGCCAGGCCUACAUUCCUCUCUCACCUUUGAGACCUCGACCUGUAAACAUCCUUGAGGAUCCUAGUGCUGCGCGGAUAUCUGCAUGUUCAGAGCACUCAAUGACGUUAAGAAGCCCAGCUACAACAUGGGCUUAUAUUCAGCAUAUGAAAGUGAUUGAUAAUCAGAAGAAACUGAUGGAAUUGUCCCGUAGCCUGGAGCCUGCCUCUUCUACAUGAUUAUUAUAUAAGAGAACCACAGACUGGAACUAAGACUGCAACUGAGUCCCUGUAUCAGGGUCAAGAUUAACACACUACUAUUGUAUCGGCACUCCAGCUCUUGGAUUGUGGUAUCUACAUUCCCCGCAGUAUUCACAAUUUUGUUUCUUUAUGGUUUCCUUUAAGCAUUGGGGAUGUUUAUCCUGUGGAAUACAUCAGUCUAACUGAAAUGUUUGUUGCUGCUUAAAGCACCUCCAGAUAGAACCUGAGCAACGUCUUCCAUUCUCUGAGGCAAGGAAGGGAUCCAUCUAAUUGAUCUCAGCACUGUGUCCAUUACUGUACUUGUAAAAAGAUGAUCUUUUUUAUUUGUGGCAGACAUUUAAAGUAAAAUGGUUCUUUGGACUAAAAAGCAUCUCUCACAAUUUUCAAGACUAAAUCAACUGAAUUCAGUUUGUAAGAAUAUUGUAUUAGUUAUGUGCAAGAACCAUUUAACUAAACUGCUCCGAUCUACAUGAAGUUAUUCAGACAUUCCAUGGAGGAUUCAUGAACGAGACUUAACCAGUGAUACAGCAGAAGAACUGUAGAACAGCCAAGGAACUUGCUGGAAUUCUGAAAACAUAAGAAAAUAUGAUUGCCACUUGUUUAAAAUGGGUGGGCAAAAACUUGAUAAACAAGAAUUACUCUUUG